AUGGCAUAUGCCCUUCUCGCACGACUCAGCCCAGAAUAUGGCCUCUACACCUCCUUCACCGGCGCAGCCCUAUACUGGCUGUUCGGAACAUCCAAAGACAUUGCAAUAGGAGCAACUGCCGUAGUCAGUCUCCUCGUCGGCAAAGUCAGCGCCAAAGUCCUCGAAGAACACCCCGGCGAGUUCGCCCCCGAAGAAAUCUCCAAGACCCUCGCCUUCCUCGCCGGCGCUGUCCUUCUGGUCUUCGGUCUCCUGAGACUUGACUGGAUCAUCGAAUUCAUACCCCAUGUUGCCAUCUCCGCGUUCGUCACUGGUGCCGCCAUCACGAUUACCCUCAGUCAGAUACCGUCUCUCUUGGGCAUCGAUGGCGUCAACUCCAAAGCCGCCGCAUACCGCGUGUUUAUCGAUACCGCCCGCGGCCUGCCCCGCGUGAAGCUCGACGCCGCCAUUGGACUUACAGCGUUGGUAUUGCUUGCCCUUAUAAAGUGGUACACCGAGCGCAUGGCCAAGACGCAACCAAAGCGCCGAAGGAUGUGGGAGAUGUUGUGUUCACUUCGCAUGACCUUCACCAUCCUACUAUAUACCCUCAUCAGUUUCCUAGUCAACAGAGGACUGGGCGACGGUGAACACAGAUUUCGCAUCACCGGGACUCUCCCGAGGGGCUUCACCCAUGCCGGCCCGCCGUCACUAAACCCGAAGUUGAUCUCCGCACUCCUCCCGGACCUCCCCGCCACCGUGAUCAUCCUCGUAAUCGAGCACAUCGCGAUUGGGAAGUCAUUCGGUCGCAUUAACAACUACACAGUCCAGCCUUCACAAGAGCUAAUCUCGAUCGGCUGCACUAAUCUAUUCGGCCCCUUCCUCGGAGCCUACUCUUCGACCGGGUCCUUCGGCGGCACUGCUAUUCUCUCUAAAGCAGGUGUCAGAACGCCAUUAGCCGGCAUCUUCAAUGGAGUUAUUCUCCUCCUCGCUCUUUACGCUCUCACCUCUGUGCUUUACUAUAUCCCCAUGGCAAGCCUAGCAGCCCUGAUCAUACACGCCGUGAUCAACCUCAUCACCUCCCCCGACCACAUCUUCAAGUCCUGGCUCAUGUCCCCUCCCGACGUGUUCAUCUACUUCAUCGGCGUAUUCGUCUCCAUCUUCACCAGCCUGGAAGACGGCAUCUAUGUCACCGUCGCCCUCUCAGCCGCUCUGCUCCUCCUGCGCCUCGCUCGCGCAAGGGGCCGCUUCCUCGGCCGCGUCCGCACCUACCGCCAUCUCGACCGAAGCCCUACCGAGCAUCACGAUGUCGACCGUCACUCAGUGAGGAGUUCACAGACUCUCCACCACAGCCGGUCGCCUCCAUCCCCUAAACUCCCUGCGCGAGACGUCUUUCUUCCCCUGGAUCGCAAAGACGGUACGAACCCAGAGGUACACGUAGGAGAGCUCUACCCAGGCGUGUUCAUUUACCGCUUCACCGAAGGCUUCAACUACCUCAACCAAGCACAAUAUGUCGACCGGGUAAUUGAGCACGUUACCCAAUCCACCCGUCGCACGACUAUCCCUCACUACGAUCACCCCGGCGAUAGGCCGUGGAACGAACCCGUCCCUGUUGCGACCGUCGAGACCGACUCAGAGUCUGCGGCCCUAACAAAACCUUUACUGCGAGCCGUUAUCCUGGACUGCUCCGCCGUCAACAACAUGGACUCAGGGGCCGUCGAAGGCCUGAUUGACCUCCGCAACCAGCUCGAUCGCUGGGCCGCGCCGGAACCUGUCGAAUGGCGCUUUACAGGCCUGCAAAACCGAUGGACACGCCGAGCCCUGUCAGUGUCAGGUUUCGGGUGCCCUGCGCCAGGACACCUGAAUCGCUGGGAGCCCGUUUUCACCUUGGCAGAACUAGCUGGCCAGCCCCCAAUGCUGUGUGAUGGUGCAUCGACUGCGAGGAGCUCAAAGGCCGUGUGCGUGACCAGCGACUCUGAGCAGUCGUCUUCGAACUUGGAGGAGGGAAGCUUGGCUUAUAAGGAGAUCGGGGGCCGAAUUUUGGGCCCGAUUACUGGGAUCAAUCGUCCUUUCUUCCACCUUGAUCUUGCCUCGGCUGUUGAGAACGCAGUUAAGAGUGCGGCUGGGAAGGAUCGCCAUCUUAGAGAAUUAGGCCAUUGA